AUGGAUUCGUCGGGUUCUCAGGACAAGAAGCCUGUCCCUACUUUCUCCAGUUUCAAGCCUCUGCCGGCUCCUCCGGAAGCUGAUCACGCGGCUGGCAAGAAACGGCGCCAUGAACAUCAAUCUCGCUCUCCCCGGCAAUCCUUGAAACGGGACCGCCGUCAUUCUCCUCAUCAUCGUCCUCAAUCCUCGCGCCAUAACCGCCCCCGAUCCCCUUCACCAGGCCGCCGAACUUCUCGGGGCCAUGAGAGAACUCGCGAUCGCACCUCGCAAGACAAGCUUGGUCGCGAGAAGGGUGAUGCAACUUUAACGGCUAUCAAAUCGGCAAUCCGGGACCUUCACGCUACUCGGGAACAACGAUUUUCUCGGGAACAUGAGAGAACUCGUGAUCGCACGUCAGACGACAAGCACGCCCGCCAGAAGGGGGAAGCAGCUUCAUCAGCUGUCAAAUCGGGAUCCCGGGACCUUGACGCUGCUCGGCUUGCAUCCCGGGACCUUCGAGCUUCUCGGGAAAAUGAGAUUACUCGCGAUCGUACCUCGCUUGACGAGCCUGCUCACGGGAAGGAGACCGCUCAUGAAUUGGCUAUGGAACCUGCAUCCGGAGACCUUUCUCAUCUGAAGUCCCAUGAGCUCUAUUUCAUCGACACGGAGGGCGAUCGCUCUAGCCUCAAAUAUGGAACCGCACAUCGUUACGACACCCCUCUGUACCAUCGAUCUGGCGCAGGCCGGGUACUGGGUCUGCCUCCGAAUUUGGUCAUCGAUCGAAGCUACCCACAAGAUGACACCAUAGUUCUACGCGACACGAGCAUCAAGUCUCGAAACGUCACCUUUUCCGGCCCGUUGUCUGGGCCUGUAAAGCAGCCAACGCAGCUCUACCGCCUCCAACAGGAUGCCAAUCCUCCCUCCGCCAAGGAGCUGGAGCAUCAUAUUAUGCCACUCGAUCAUGCUACCAAAACCGAGUCUGGAUACCACAUCGAUGAAGAUGAUUCAAACGACGAGCAUUAUGCCUACCGUUCUAUCCAUGGCAAAGCAAAGGUCGAAGAUAUGCAUCCCAAGGGCAUGGAACCUAUCAGUGGUGAGGACGGCCAGCCUGGUGAUCGUGAAGUCAAGUUUGAAGCUGAGCGCCAAGCUCUCAAUAAAAAACUAUGGCAUGCUUUGAUCGACGACCCGAAAGACGUUGCGGCGUGGCUCCAGCUCAUUGACCUCCAAUAUGCUCUGAUUCUUGGUCCUGGGGAAGAUGAUCGCCCCUUGACAUCUGCAGAACGUCAGAGCGUGGCCAGUACGAGACUGGGGCUCUACGACAAAGCCCUGGCGAAGUGUGGUGACACUGUUCACAAGGAUCUGUUCUUGCUAGGCCGCCUUCAGGAAGGUGGCCUGCUCUGGGACAGAAAGAAACUAUGGGAAGAAUGGGACAAGACCUUGAAGGAGAAUCCCGAAUCCAUCAGUCUCCAGUUGAUGCAUUUGAAUCUUCGACAAACAGACUUCCAAGACUUUGCUCUUGAAGAUUACAAGUCUUUGUUGGUCGAUUACAUCAAGCGCAUUGACGGCGAUUCGAAUGCAUCUGGUAUAUCUCAAGUUCAACGCUACCUGUUUUUGCGUUUGACUCUUUUGCUUCGUGAAGCAGGGUACACUGAACUUGCAGUUGGUUUCUGGCAGGCUGCACUUGACUUCGCUUGCUUCCGGCCGGAUGCGCACCUUCAGGGAGACCGCGACCAGGCUAUUCUGCAGUUUGGCAAAUACUGGGACUCCGAAGUUGCGCGCUUGGGUGAGGUUGAUGGACAGGGCUGGCGAGGCGAGCAAUCCAGGGUCGACUCUGUCAGUCGUGAGCUUGGUGCUCAUGUUGACCUUUCGUCCCUUUUCUCAUCUUGGGCAAGCUCUGAGAGGCAUCGCAUCCGAAGUCUCAGAAUGCCUGCUCGAAGUGUAGACGACUACGGAACUGAUGUGGAUACUGCGUACUCGGUGGUUCUUGCGUCUGACCUUCGCGAAAUCCUGUCCCCGUUCUGGCACCCGACUGCGUCUGAAGAUAUCGUAAAUGCCUUCUUAUACUUCUGCCACUUGCCGCAUCUCACUACUGUCGCAAAUUCCCAGACGAGUCGGCUUUGGAACGGCGAUAAUUUCCUACGAAAUGAAUCCAUGGACACAGUGAAUAUUCAACUUUCCGAUUGGCUCCCAUCUGAGGUUGAUAAUGAGUCGCACGCUUCCAUUUCGCCAUUUUCAUUCCCAGUCGUCAACUUCUUGCACACGACCGAGACGCUAUUUGCUCCGGCAGACUGGUUUUACUCUCUUCAGUCUUGGAGCAGAGCCACCAUUCGCCAAUCACACUCUCUUGACACAGACUGGGUGCGACGGACCCUGCGAUCUUUGGUUGAGCGUUUCGACCAAGAUGACCAUUUGGCCGAGUAUGCUCUGGCAGUGGAAUACGCCUGCGACGCCCAAGCAGCAAUUGACUUCGGCGUAGAGUUGUUCAAGCGCCGUCGUCUCAAUCUCAAGCUUCAGAACGCCACUGCUCUGAUGCUUUGCCGGUCACGUGAACAUGAGGUUGCUUAUAAGCUAUGGGCCGUGGCUAUCAAUGACACAACCUCCCCGGCAAAUCACGGAUUGAAGUGUGGACCUCUUUGGAACACAUGGGCCUGGGAAAUGCUCCAGCAGGGCGACUUCAUAAAAGCCUCCUAUCUCCUACAUGCACUACCUCGGGGAGAGAUCGACUUGGUAGCAUUCUGUGCUGCUACUGACAAACAGGAAGGUAACAUUUUUGGACAGCUCAGGCUUGAGAACUUCUUGCAUCAGUCGCGUGAGCAAGCACUCUACCUCGAGCUGCCAUAUGAGUAUGUGGCUUGGGCUGACUGCCUUGCCCUGCUUCGCUACGUCGAAAAGGACUCUCUCUCAAACGCCUCACUGGAUGCCUCACUUGAUGCUUACGUUUCCGCCCAUGUGUUCUUAGAUGCCCUUUCACCUGAAAAGGAAUCUUUCAAGAACUUCGCCACGGAACUCCUGCUUCAGGCCCAAGCCAAGCUGAUCUAUUUCCACGUUUCUCGGAAGGGCCAAUUCCAGCCUCGUCAGCUUCGAAUCACGCUGAAGAGAAGCCUGGACCUGUUCCCAAAGAACACCAUGUUCAUGGCUCUCUUCAUGUGGAAUGAGGCACGCUUUGUGAUGCCUGAGCGAAUUCGUAAUUCGUUGGUUUCUGGCGAACUCGAUCGCAUGGGCCGCUAUAAGGAAGCCGCUCAAGCUAGCGCGUCCGCGUCACCCGUUGCCCCGCAGCAGCCACCAGUAUACUCCCAUUUAUUCAAUAUUUACAGUAUACUCUGUCGCCCAUACUUCCUUGGGGGGAACAUCCACGCUGCACGGUCGGCAUUCGAAAAGGCCAUCGGCGAAGAUUCGGACCCAUACUCUCCUGGCCAUGGUAAACUUGAGGCCCCCACCAGUCUCGGCAACCAAAACGCAUGUUCAAACAUCACCCUCUGGAAACUCUAUAUCCUGUUUGAACUCGACCGGGCAUAUGAUAUCAAGGCCGCAACGAACGUCUUUUACCGGGCAAUCCGUGCCUGUCCCUGGUCCAAGGAGUUGGUGAUGCUCGCCUUUGAGCGUCUUGCUGGUGAGGAAGAUGGUCCCGAUUUCGACGAGCUUCGUGGGCUUUACAAUUUACUUGAUGAGAAGCAACUGAGAAUCCACGUGGACAUUGCCAAAGACGUGGAAGAAGCAUCCGCCCACAGAGCAAAGGCUGCGGUCGAGGCGGAUGAGUGGCUGAAGGACCUGGGAGUAAAGAUGGAGAGCGUUGAAGUGAAGUGA